AUGGCGCCGCCCGCGCUCCCCAACGGCCUCAUCGCCUUUGGCCCCGAUGCCAACUGCACCCUCGCCCUCUGCCCGGUCGAGUGGAGCGUCUACCAGUACCGCCCCUCCCUGCCGGCCAACAUUGUCUUCCUCGCCCUCUUCGCCCUCGCCGCCGCCGUCCACAUCUUCCUCGGCGUCAGGUGGCGGAGCUGGGGGUUCAUGGCCGGCAUCAUCCUCGGGUGCCUGACGGAGAUCAUUGGCUACGUCGGCCGCAUCCUCCUCUACAACAAUCCGUUUGACUUUGGCGGCUUCCUCAUGCAGAUUGUCCUCAUCACGACAGGGCCCGUCUUUUACACGGCGUCCAUCUACGUCACCCUAUCCAAGACCAUCGAGCACCUCGCGCCGCGGCUCUCCCGCUUCAGGCCCCAGCUCUUCUACUGGAUCUUCAUCCCCACCGACAUGGUGUGCCUCGCGCUGCAGGCCGCGGGCGGCGCCCUGUCCACGACGAGCUCCGGGUCGAGCGACACGGGCGUCAACGUUGCCAUGGCCGGGCUCGCCCUGCAGGUCGCCGUGCUCGCCAUCUUCUCGCUGCUCUUUGCCGACUACAUGUUCCGCUACACGCGCGACGCGGCCACGCCGCCCCUGGGCACGAGGCUUCGCCUCUUCUUUGGCGGCCUGAGCGUCGCCAUCGUCUUGAUCCUCGCGCGGUCCAUCUACCGCUGCUACGAGCUGAGCAAGGGCUACCAGAACUCGGACCUGAUUACGGACGAGGGCCUGUUUAUCGGGCUCGAGGGAGUGCUCAUUGUCAUUGCCGUGUUUGCCCUGUGCAUCGGCCAUCCGGGCUUGUUCUUUGGCUCCGAGGCGACAAUGCACCCCUCGACCAGCUCGUCGGAUGUGGAAAAGUAG